CUUUCCAUCAAGCGUAACGUCCUACGUCUUAUUUGCUCGACAUCUCACAACACCAAUGCGUUCUGGGGGUGGGCGUGGUUUUAAACAGGUGGGCUGUGUUACCUGUAUCGUCGUCUCCAUUCCUUUCAAGCACCGCUCAGAUACCGAGCGUUAAAAUAAAACGUCUAACCAGGAAGGAGGCUAUUCGAGGAUUUAUUUAUUUUUCACCUGCAUAUUUUAUUAUCUAUCUCGGUUAAUAUCACCGAGAAUACACAGCGUCAGCUCCUCAAAAUAAUGAAACAGCCGUCGUGUUCUGAGAGGUGUUAGUAUCUGCGACAGGUAACUCUGAUUCUCUGUACACCUGCACCUGCACGCGAGAGACCGAAUCUGAAACAGGUCCAGCUUCCUCUUGAGUCCUCCAUCAUGAAGUUUCCAGCAUUCCUGUUGGGUUUUGUCUUGGUUUGCUGUCUGGGCAUCGCUGGAUACAUCCAUACCAGACGGAAGCGGGAACUGCAUCUGAAUAAACAGGCUUCAUUUCUAGAUAUUAAAUUCAGAGUGACCAGGGAUGUUCUGGGGGAAUACGAAGAUCAGUUGAAUAUGUCCAACGCAGAAAUUGAAAAGAUUAAGAAAGAGGUGGAUGCUCUAACCAAAGACGUGUCCCAAGUUAAGACCUUAGUGGCUCAGAAAAAGAGUGACGUUGAUAACUGUAAAGGGGACAAGAAACGACUCACAGAUGAAAUUGCUGCUUCAGAGUCAGAGAAGAAACAAAUCCUGGGUGAGUUUGCCGCGGCGAAGUCUCAUUGGGAAUCGGAGGAUGCUUCUCUAAAAAAACAACUGGAGCAGGAGAGCGCACUCUGCAAGUACAUCGACAAGACCUCUGAGGAGGGAAGGAAACUGUGUAACAUAAUUGAAGAGCCAAAAAAGCCUGAUGUAAAGGAACCAGCAGCAGAACCGGCAGCAGUCAAACCCGUGCCUGAGGAAAAAAAGGUUGAAAUGCCAGAAGCUGAACAGCCAAAAGUAAAGGUGGAGUGAAGGAAAACCAAGUGGACUGAGUACGUGUGUGUGUUAAGGAGACGGUAAACAAUACUAUGUCAGUAUCCGCUGGAGAAUUGAAUAGGUAGAUUAGCUAAAGCUGAACAUCUUGCUCGGGUUGAUCUCCAAUAUUCCAUUAGGACCCCUCAAAUGACAGACACUUUCUCAACCAUGUGCACUACAAACCUGCAUUUGAAGUUUGACUGAGACCAAAAUGCGUUCUAUCAUAUUCCUGGUCUGUUUUGGUUUAUAAAAAAUAUGGGAUGAGACAGACAAUUUCAGCUGCAUAUCUGCUAUAUAUAAAUUAAUUUUGUUUUCCACUUCAUACACAAUUAAAUUGUGACAUUUUCUUUGAUAAUUUUUUUUCCUUUCUUUUUUUAUGCAGUCAGGUUUCCUUUGCUUUCUUGGGUUUGUUUGUCCUUUUAAUAUUUCUUUAUUUCUUCUUUAUUUUUUGCCCCUGUUACAAUGUCAUUAUGACCCUCCCUCGGGCUCAUGCAUACAUGCCCGCUUGUAUCGACCAAUGGGAAAGCUCUGACCCUCUUACUGUCACUCCUAAUUAUCCUCACCCUGUUACCCCAGUUACUAUUGUUAUAUAGUCCUCACUACAUUGAGCUUAACCCAGCAGAGCCUUCAGUGGAGCAGUUAUGAAGUUCAAAUGGUUGCUCUUCAGUGUCAUUUGUUAUAAGUUUUGGGUUUUAUUCUGAAAUACUGUGAUGCUUAAUGUGAAAAUAAAGGCAGAGUUUGGUUAGACACUC